GAUAGUAGCAGCGGGGACGGCAGACGCACGUAGCGCAAUCAGGCGGAGUUGACGCGGGACACCGGGGAGUGGUGGUGCAAUUCGAAAAUCGGAGGAGAGACGAGACGGAGGAAUUGAUGCUAGAUUCGGAUUGCGUCGAACCUCAUUAUUCGGAACAGCAGACUGUUCUGGUGAUGAGGGCUCAGAAGGGGCGAGAGGGGAGGCGGCCAGUGGAUGGACGGAGUGGGCGGUCGCAAUCCACAAUGACGGGUGCGACGCAGCAGCCAAUAUCGAUGCGGCAGCUGACACGCGAAGGGGGUUUAGUCGGUUAAGAUGGGGAAAGGAAGGCGACUGAACCAACUGUUGGAACCCCCAAGGGAAGGAUGGG